GGAAGUAUGCCAUCUAAUGUUGAAUCAAGCUUCUCGACGACAGUGGCCAACUAUUCAGGUGUCAUCAUCAGCAGUACAACUGACGCAGUAAAUGUAACUUUAAACUCAACCGAUAUGUCCACGUUUUUAGCCACAGAAAAGCUGACACCUGCAAGUACCUCUAAUUCAUUGAUGUCAACACAUUUUAAAAACAUAUCUGCCACUAAAACAUCUUCAGAAAAUAUGUACAGCUCGCAUGCUGUCUCCACACCAGAGCCGACACGUACGACAGAAAAUGCUACAACAGCAAGAGAAAAGAAUUGGGUCAAAACUGUUUUAAAGGUUCAGAAAAAUAUAAAUGUGAGCGAUCCAACGUUCCGGAUGGAAACAGAGCAGGGUUUGGCGAAUGCCUACAGUGAGGCGUUCCUGCGUGAGAAACUGAUUGCGGAAGGACAGUUUGAUCCGCUUGAGGACCGGAAGAGACGUAAGCGGUACACGACUGUCGGUGACGCUGCCGUACAUGUGCACGAGUUAUUGCGGACGGCAGGGAGCAGCGCGGUGACGGCUGUGUACACGGUCGAGAGGCAGGGCCGCGUGAUGGAUGCAGAGGAGGCGGUGGCAGCUCUCGUCACCCUCGACACACAGGAGCUAGCAAUUAUCCUGAGACAGGUUGUCGCGGUCAAGGCCGAGACUUACAUUCCGACGACGACACAGACGACACCUACAAGUGACGAAUCUCAGAUCUGGCUAAUCGCUGCGAUAGCCGGUGGUGCUGGUGGAGCCUUGCUAAUUGUGUUUAUCACCAUCUGCAUCUACUGCAAGUGUUGCCGACACAAGCCUGUAGGAAACGAUGAUGGAGAUCCUGAACUCAUGUCCAUCGAGGAGCCUGCACCGAGAAAGCGUUCACUACCGCCAUCACCGUCGAAAAGACCGCUACCUCGCCAACGAAGCAGCGUGACUGCUAUAAUUCCGACAAAACUGAGGUCAUACGGGCCGGAGAAUCCGGAACUUUCUGAAUCUGGACAUGGACGGGACGAGGAGGAACAUCUUUUAUAUCCACCGCCUAUAAAACACAGCACUCCGUCGAAGGGAAGGUUAUAUAUCCCUGUUGAGAAGAGUUGCACGCCUCCGCCAUCAGCCCGGGACCUCGCACCUCCGGCACAACGCAGCAGGAGGGAAAGUCGGAACAGCAUCAGUCCUGCAACGGAGUUUAUGGAGUUAGCCACAAGUAGUAUGCAUUCAGAAGGCCUGCAGCCGGAUAGAGCCGACAUGUUCCAAACCAGUUUUACAGAGGAUAAUGAACAUGUCAAACAACAUCUGCAUGAAGAGAAGAAGAAAAAUAAAGUCAAACUCAGGGGACAACACGCCGAUAUGAACGGUGAUGUUACAGCGAUGAAUGAGACCAUUCUCGGAAUGCAAAAUACAUCCGUCCCGCAUCUUGUCAUUGAAAGUGGGAGACUAGUACGAGACAAUACGACUGAACAAGAAGAACCACCAGACAACGGGAAAUCUGGGGAUGAAAACAUUGCAGAAGCGAGAAAGCGAAUGCACAGGCUUCUUGACGAUGCGUUUUCUCUUAUAUCGCCAGGAAAUUCUUUUAGCGAAAAAGACUUGAGGAUACAACAACAGAAUAAAACAGAUGAAAAUAAAGAGAAAGAAAAACAAGCAUCUAAUACCACACCUGUGCAACCUGAACUUAAAAAUGCUCUCGUUUCGUCACAAUCAGACGUACCAACAGCGAAACCGGAUGGCCAGGGAUACACAAACCCCGCGUAUAAGGCUCUUUACGGUGACUACUUGGAAACGUGGAGUCCAUAUCGAGCUUACGACCAGGUCGCCCUCAUAUCCAUGCCAAAUAAAAUGGACAUACCUGUUACGAAACUUGGACAGAAAUCGAAUAACAACCUAAAAGGGAGAAGACCAGCAACAGACUUAAAUGUGCUUGACUUACAAGAUACAACUACUAUAGAUGGGUCCACAUAUACAAAAGAUCCAGGCAAACCAAUCCUUUUACGUACAAAAGAGGAAAGACCUAGCUCUGGAAAGCCGCCUCAAUUAACAAACAACUAUGUUGAUGAGAGGACAUCUAAAUUCAGCUUCAACGGCAGUGUUCCGCAUUCCAGGAGCUCUUCUGGUGUAAAUACGGGUUUUAGAAACACUUCAAAGGAUCACCACGUUGUUAAAUCUGAAACCAAUGCAAAAGAAAAUCGCCGAGAAAGCGAUUCACUUCAACAACACAGGAGACCCGAAAGAAAUAUAGCAAACAAAGAUGUAGUCGACAUCGUCUCGGAUAUUAACAGUGAAGAGAAGAAUGAACGCUUGAUUAAAAGUAUUCGUGACGAACUAAGAAGCACCAAAGUAGAAAAAGAGGAGGAUAUCAAUAAAAAACCAAUAAGACGGCGAAGCAGGAAGGUUAAAAAGCCAAUGACAGAUGUGUGAGGGAACAGUUUCAACUGCAUUUUUAAUUAAAAGUUAGCAUAUGAAAGUAAUUAUUUACAUACAUUAUGCACAUUUAUGAUGUUAUAUGCUGUGAUGUGUUUGAACAAAAGAUAUUCUAUUCAUUCUUAUUCUUUACAUCGAAAUAUAACUUUAAUUUAUGAAAUAAAUUAGCGUUAUCGAUUUAUUUUUAUCGCGUUUAUGAUGUAGAUACUAACUCAUUAAUAUAUCAAGUCCUAAUAAUUAUAAUAUAAUAAAAGUGUCAUUUGUUGUUAAACGUUAAAUAUGAUAACCAUAUCAUAUAAUUCAUUUUUAAUUGUGCAAUAACUUGUAAUAAAACAAUAUGAUUCCUGGGCGAAAGUAGCAAAUGUUGUUGAACGUACUUCAA